UAUCAAAGUAAACUUCGGCCAACGGCACGGAGCCUGGUUCGCGGGCCGAGGGUGUGUUUUGUAGACAAAAUUAUCUGAUCUUCCAAAUCCGCUAUGCCACCUAAAAAGCGAGAUAAAGAAGGAGAAACGUCCAAAACCCAGCGGUCCGAUGCGGCGAAAAAUGACCACGACCUUUUCCUGCAAGCAUUUGAGAAACCUACACAGAUUUAUAGAUACCUUAGAGUCAGGAAUGCAAAUUCUCCAAUAUUUUUACAACGCAAUCUUAGUUACAUGCAGUACCGCAUGUCCAGGAGUCAUAAAAGUCGAAGAAAUUUUGAGGUGGAUUCAAUACUAGAAAGAGUAUCAAAAAGUCUUGUUCCUGCUGCUCUCAGGGGCGGUUUUAUGACCAUUACUUUCCUUGGGUUUUAUGACAAGAAACCUGUCCCUGCCUGUGAAGCGCCCAAAGAACCUGUAAAAGUUGAGACACUGCUGUUAAAAAUAUGCCACAAGAAAAGAAAGGACACCACUUCACCAGUUAUGUCUGUAACUGUUGGGACGAGUAUUGUCCCAACUAAUCCAUCAGAAGAAUGUCCUCCUCCCAAAGCGCCAACAGUUUCAAUUUCAGUCGAUGAAUUUUGUGAGGAUCCAGGCGAAGUGAAAUCGUACCAUCUACUUUUGAGGGUGUAUAAUGCCCCAGUCAAUGGAGCAAACGGCAGUGAUCAAGAAUCUGUGGAACCUGUUACCAAAAGACGCAGAACAUCAACAAGCCGUGAUGAGAUAAAAUUAUUUGGGACAGACCUUGUGAUAUAUGACAAGCAGAAGCAGUGCUUGUUGGGUGAUGGUGAUUAUGAGUUACUGAUGGAUGAGCUGGUGCAACCAAGAAAUUUACCCAGGAAAUUUCCAUCCUGGGAGCCAAUUGGAGAUCUCAAUGAGCUUGCUCCUCUGCAGCGUCUGCGAGAAUUCGCAGUUACAGAUUUUAUGCGUGUCUUUCCUCCUCAGGAUUGCAACUCCUUUGAACUCUUUUCUAACGGACCUACCCUCAAGUUCAAACUGGAAUGGUCUAGAGAACAACGGAGCUCCUUUGUAGACCGCCCUCGCCUCAUGCCAUCCCGAGAGGAAGAAGUUCUGGAUAGUAAUGGAAAUAAAGAAAAUAGACAAGAUCGGGCCGCUAAAAAACAAGUUGGAGACAAGAAAGAAGAAGACAAGAAAUCUGGAAAGCCUGUGAUAGUGUAUCAGUUCCACUACAACAACAAUUCUCGUCAGCAAACUGAACCUUGCAGUGACCUGCACUGUCCAUGGUGCUCAUUAGAUUGUGGCUCUCUUUUUUCUCUACUCAAGCAUCUCAAACUUUGUCAUGCUAGGUUUACUUUUACAUAUACUCCCUUACCUAACAUGGCUCGUGUUGAUGUAGCCAUAAACGAGUCUUAUGACGGAUCUUACACGGGAUCUCCUCAUGAUGUGAUUGCUCAGCCUGGAGGAUCUGCGUUCUCCAGAAAUGGUCCGCAGAUCCGCACUUCAGUGUCGAAUAUUCUUGUUUGCCACCCAAAGAGACAAAAGCCAUCACUGUCUGAAUUUGUGGAGUUAGAAGAAGAAUCCGGUGACUUACAGCGAUCUUUUAUCACAGGACACAAUCGUCUGUAUCAUCACACCGUAACUUGUCUACCUGUACAUCCGAAAGAGAUGGACAACGACUCGGAGGGUGAAAAUGACCCUAAGUGGUUGCAAACCAAGACAAUGAUGAUGAUAGAUGAAUUCACUGAUGUCAAUGAAGGUGAAAAAGAGCUGAUGAAGAUGUGGAAUCUUCAUGUGAUGAAAGAAGGAUAUGUAGGUGACUGUCAAGUACCUACAGCAUGCACUAAAUUUCUUGAGAAGAAAGGAAAGGAAUUGCUGGACAAGAACUUAUAUCGAAAUUUUAUUGUCCAUAUGUGCAGUUUAUUUGACUAUGGACUGGUCAGUCCAGUGGCACUUUAUCAGAUAGUCCAACAACUUCACGAGAUGGUGAAGGACCAUCAUGCUACAGCCAUGCAGGGAUCAUGGGAAGCACAGAAAGAGCAUUGGAUCAAAUCUGGUGCAAAGGAGAAGCAAAAUACUCCUUCUCAUUUCAAGAAUCAAGCUCCCUCUGGAUUGAAUGUUGACCCAAGUGCUCGCCGAAAGCUUUAUAGUCCGGGAUCAUACAAGAGUGAAAGUCCUAGUAGACGCAAAACCCAACAACAAGAUGACGAUGAUGAGGAAGAUGAUGAGGAAGAUGAAGAAGAUUAUGAGGAUGAAGAUGAUGAGGAUGAUAAUGAAAAAGCUGGUAACCAGAAGAGUAGCUGUUCCAGUUCAUCAGCUUCAUCCACUUCAAGUGAUUUUGUCACAACAAAGAAAAAAUGUGUUAGUAGUAGCAGUAGUUGUAGCAGCAGCAGCAGUGAUCCCGAUAAAAAGAAAAUUGUGUCUUCUAAAAAUGGGUCUUUUCCUCCUAGUAUUCAUUCCCAGCAGAAGGGUCCACUUAUUCUAGGGAAAGCCCAGUCCACUCAGAGCCAGAAACCUUCAUUCAAUCUAAACUCAAAACCUCAGCUAGCUGAUUCUGGCAGUGCUGAUGCUCUUAAGAGGAAGUCACCUUCACAAGGGCUCUCUCCAAGUCCAAGUCAGAAUAAAUCAAAAAGUAUGAGUGGUUUCUCAAUUGAACCACCAGUUAAAAAGAAAAUAGUUACUCAACCAAAUGGCAAACCUCAGGCAAUGUCCUCCCAACUUGGAACUGUGAGCUCUGAGCUGAAAAGAAAACUGACCUCAUCCAUCGGAUCAACUGUAUUCCCAGCCGGCUCUUCCAACAUAAAUGAGUCCAAAAAAGUAGUUGUAACCAGUUUGAGCCAGCACAUGCAGCCAGUGGGUAAUAAAGGCACUUCUCAAGGUGUCAGCGAUCCCAAGAAACGAAUGUCGCUUCCUGCUAUAGCUACAAACGGAACAAAACCUCAAAUUAAUUGUGUCACUAAUUCAGCUGUGCAAAAUAAUGAAUUUAAAAAGAAGCCCACUAUUUCAAAUGGUGUUCCUCUAUUGGCAGAUGGAAAACUUAUCUCCAACUGUACUGUAGAGGUGUCACCUCUUGUGGAAGAAAUUGUGUCUGCAAGCGGCAACAAAGUCCCUUCUACUACCUUUGAUCUAAUUGAUACAAAACGGAAGCCUAGUCUUGGACCGAAUUCUAUUGGAAUACCAACAGAUCUGGAAGAAAAUGCCAUACAGCGAAGGAAGUCCAUAUGUACUGAUUCUCCAUCAACUCAAGACAGUAGUUUGGUUUUACUUAGAAGAAAAUCAUUUUCCAGUAACCAAAGCUCUGAACCCAGUCCGAUUCAGACUGUUCCUUCCAAAGGAGUUACCAGCUAGUUGUUAACCCUGAUCCUUUGAAUAUGUGGUCUAAAAUUUUGCUUUGCUUUUCACUUAAAAUGGUGAAUUGGCUUGUGUGAUAUAAAAUUCCUAUUUUCCAUGUGUUCUUUUCUCCACACUGCCAUGGAAGCACUAUUAUGCUGCUUUCAUCCUAGUACUGUGCCUUUGGCAUUUAGUCAAAUUAAAUAGCCUAGCACCUCAAGUUAAAAGGAAAGCAAGGAUUAUGUCAACUUUUCAGAGGCACAGGCACUGAGGUGUCCUUAUAUAUAUAUGUAUACACGUAUAAUAAAUAUGGAAGUGGUAGCGUGUGUAUGUGUAUGUGCGCCUUGUGCCUACAUAUGCACACGCCUCUCACUCAAGUCUGUGAAUAUGUAGUAUCCAAUGCAAUAUUUUUUAGAAUUGUUAUUAUGGACAUUUGACAUGUACCAUUGUAAUUCGUGCAUCACUGUCAACCAAGUGCUCGUCUACUGCCACUCAACAGAGUCUGCUUAUUUAUUCUAAUGAGAAUUGAACCUUUAAUGUGUGGAGUAAACAAGCCACAGGUAAUAAUUUGUAACCUGACACUAUUUUUGAGUCUUUUGACCAUUUUUUCUUGUUCCAAUACAUGUAGGUUUGUGUCCAGUACAAUUUUCAAUCUUUGAUAAAUAUUUAAAAUUUGCAGCCUGUGUAUGGUUUUUUGAAGGGAGUCGGAUUCAUUAGGUCACCUUAACCUGUCUUCUUUAAGUACUGUUUAUGUAUUUGUGUUAUGGUCCUUGCAAUGGCCUUUUAACUUAGCUGCAAUUUAAUUGUAUGAACCAUUACCAUUUGAUUUAAUGUGUGAUUUUUUUUUUAAAUGUGUGAAUGCUGCAGUUUUCGUAUAUAGUUUACAUAGUUGUAAGAUGUGAACAUAUUUUACAGAUCUAAAGUCUUAAAUGAAAAAACGUCUUACCCUUUCCUGGGUUUACUUAGCCACUGAUCUGAGCAAAUCUUAAGUCAAUAAAUGAAUUGUUAUGAGAAAUCUGACUGAGAAAGCAGGUAAUUGUUAUGAAAACCACUUGCUCUGCUAUAUUUUCCUUUAUGAAGACUGAAAUCUUAUGUUUACCUUGUAUUUAAAUUUUAAUUUAACAGUGGAAUUUCAUGCUCAUACUGUCAUAGAGUAUUUUUUUUUGAUGAUGUUCUCUUCUAACACUAUUAAAUUGCAUGCAAAUGGAACCCCUUUUGAUACACAAAAUUUUCUUAACUGUCAAAUAUUUUGUUAAGUGGCUGAUUUUACAGAACUAUCAAUCUUGGAUGCAGAAAUAAAAUUGUACAUUGUAUCUGUCAUCAUGGUGUGCUUCAUUGACUUGUACAAUUGUAUUUUCCCCAUAGCUAUUCUUAUAUUUUUUAUACUGUACAUGUUAUUUGAUGCAGCAAAGUUGUCAUGCAAUUGCAGAAUAUAAAUUUAUUCACUUGCUGCUCAAGUUAUUUUUGUUGAUUACAAUAGCAUAUUUUGAAGUGUUGUUGAUAUGUGUGCAAUGUACGCUGAAUUUUCCAUAUUGGAUUUUUAAAUGUUUGUUUCCAAAUUUGUCUUUUUUAAAGGAACUUUUGACUCAUGCUCCUAAUGGUGUCUGCCAGUGUAAUUUUUUUAAUCUUAUUCUUUUUGUUUUUACUUUAUUGCUGUCUGAAAGAAGUGUUUGAUGUGACUUUUUGAAAUCAGAUUGUAUGAUUUCAAACAAUGCGGUUUGGAACAUGAUUUCUUGUAUCUCAUCGAGUUGCAAAAUAAAACAACAGGUAUUGGUGUACAAUGUUAAAAUUUAUAACUUGUAUGUUUGGAUUAUAGUCUUAUGUAUAACAGGAAACCAAAGAUUGGAAGUGGAAGUUCCCUUAGAGCAAUUAGUACUGUUUUCUUUCUUAAAUCUUACUUUUUAAAUGACAAACUAAUAUUGAUUAGUAGCACUGUUUUUGUUACUUUCUUGAAAGAAAGCAAAUUAAACUGGAACUUUUCUCAUUGGGUUUUUAAUUCUAAUGCUUGUUGCAUUAUUGGGUGUGUAACUCCUCAUCUGUGAAUCUUAAUGUCUGGGCCUUCACAAUUGAUGUAUUCAUUUUCCUUUUAUAUCCAGGCAUUUCCCUUGAAUAUGCAAGCAAGUGGGAGAGGAAUAUUUAUUGUUUUGAUGGUUGGAAAAUUAUGUUGUUUUAUGGUGAAGUUGAAGCCAUAGCAUUAAGUGAGAUUUUUUUUUUUUCGUUUUCCUUUUUGUUGGACUGUUAAGGUUACUUUACUCUCCUAAUCUUAAUUUCUAGAAUUGUUUCCUCCUUGUUUCAAAGAUUGUGAUGAAAACAAUUUUGUGUACAUUGUGCCUUUCUUACUUUUAAUGGUCUUGUAGAUCUCUAUGCAGUAGUCAUGUUAAUCAAUACAGGAGUCGGUCUUUUCACUUUGUUAACCAAUACUUAAAGUGUGGAGAUGUUUGUUUAUCCAAACACCAUGCACUCUAUUAUAUGAAUGCAACUCCAUCUUUUAUGUGUGUGUAUGUUCACAUUUAACACUGCCAGAAUGGUGUCAUUUAAGUUUGUCCUUGGGUAUUGUAUCAAGACCUGUAAUAAAUCAGAAUUCUUUAUA